CGUGAGGAGGAAGAGAAGUGCCCGGGGAUUCACCGAGGUUUGGAGGAAGUUUCGGUCCGGGAGGAAGAGGAGCUGUAGGGUGAGAGGAUGAGUUAGUGGGGCUCACGCGGCGCCAGUGCUGCCUGUCGGUGUAGUCGUGGCCGAGUGGUUAAGGCGAUGGACUAGAAAUCCAUUGGGGUCUCCCCGCGCAGGUUCGAAUCCUGCCGACUACGAGCCGCUCUUCUUUUCCUCCCCCGUGCCGGACGUUUUCUUUCCCCAGCUCGUUUUGCACCGGAGCCGGCGGCGCCUGACAUCCGGCAGGACGGCGGGUCCGGCCCCGGGAAGGGAGGCGGGACCUCCUCCCGCGGCCAUGGAGCAGCGCGGCGCGGCGCCCGCCGUGCUGGCCACCACCAGGCAAAUUCAGAAUACGCACACGGGACUGGAUUUGUCCGUGCCGGAAUACCAGGAAAUCCGUGGGAAGAUGAUGUCUGGCCACGUCGAGUAUCACAUUGUCGUUGUUACCCGACUGGCUGCCUUCAAAUCAGCAAAGCACAAGCCUGAAGAUGUGGUUCAGUUUAUGGUUUCCAAGAAGUACAGCGAGAUCGAGGAGCUCUACCAGAGACUGACAGCACGAUAUCCACAGGUCUCUCUGCCACUCCUGCCUAGAAAAGUUCUCUUUGUGGGGGAAUCUGACAUCUCUGAGCGAAGAGCUAUGUUCAAUGACAUCAUGAAAUUCAUCUCCAAAGAUGAGGAUCUAGCAACGAGUCCUGAGUUACUGGAAUUUUUAGGAACAAAAUCUUCCAGUGCUGUUGACUUCAAGGGUAAAAACAUGCCUGAUGACAGGGAGAAAGAAGAUGAAGAAAAUGAGGCAUUGGAUUUUUUCAAAGAAGAGAAGACACCUGACUUAAUCUCACAGCUUUUAUCAGUGGAAGAUGCCAAAAAAGGGGAAAAAAAAGAAGGGGAAGAUGAGGAAGAAGAAGAAGAAAUUUUAGACCCUCUUGGUAUAAUCAGAACUAAAAAAGCAAAGAAGACACCUGCUCCUCCAGCCAAGGAAGAGAAACCCAAAUUAACCAUUUUUGAAGAGGAGGUGGAUCCAAAUGAAGGACUCUUUGGUCCAGAAAAAGAUUUCUCAUCAAUUGGUCCCAGAAGAAAGAUUAAAGAGAAUCUGAAGUUAUUUGAAGACCCAGACCUCGGUGGGGCGGUGAGACUGGGUGACUCACUCCUGCUGCCAGCUGCCUGUGAGCACAGCAAGUAUGUGCUGAGCAGGGAUCCUGAGGAGGACACUGAGGAGCUGCUGAGAGUUGAAGAUGAUUUUGAAAAACUCUUAGAGGUUACCUCCAAACCAAAACGUAAGGUCCCACCAAAGCCACCUCUGCCUCAGAAGCCAGCAGCUGCCCCCAGGAGCACUAAUUCACCUUCACUGGCAAAGCAAAAUGAAAACAGGAUUCAGAUGAUGAAUGAAGUGGACAUUCUCCAGUAUAUCCAGGAAAAUGAAUCUAUCAACAACCAGGAUACCAGUCUUUUUUGAACAUAUGUGUUUUUGAAAUGUCCUGAUGGCUUCUUGGCCCCACCUCCCAGUGAGCUGCAGUGACAGCAGCAAGAACUGAGCAGGUGUUUCUGCUGUCAAAGUGCUCAUUUGUGUACCAGGAUACAGAGAGCAGCAGGUUUGAGUAGCAGAACCUCCCUGUGAGGUUUGCAGAACACUGCAGCUGUGAUCUAAUGUUGCCUUAGAUUUUCAGGGUUUCACAGGGAAUGUGAACAAGGAUGUAGCACUACAGAUUGUCUACUGCUAUUUUAGUAUCAACAUUGUACAGUUUUGGCCAGUUGAUUGAAAAUGGUGAGGAUGUUGUACACAUGGCAACUGUGAGUAAUGUCCAACAAAUGGUCUGAGGCAUGAUAGGAUGCUGUUCCUGUCAUUUUUGGUGUUUUUCAGCUCAGUGAAAAGGCCAUUUUCCUUUUAUCCAGUGUGGUUUUGUAGCAGCCUUUUCCUCCCUGACUUGUAUUUUGGUAAUUUUUAAGAGGAACUGCUAAAUAUAGUUAACAGUUCCUCUGUCUUCCCAUGGAACAUUGAAAUCCCAGCUAACCUUGACAAUCUGCUGCCUUAAUUGCUGCACAAAUGCCAACUUGUAAGAGAGCUUUAGGCCUGCAAAGACCAUGCUAUGCAUCUCUGAUUCCCAGGGAGAAUAGCAGAUGACUGGGGGUGGCUAAGAACCCUCUCCAGACAUAGAUGGAGGUUGCAGUGCCUAGGAGGUUUGGAUGCUGUAGGGUUCCUAUGAACUCCAGAUUCACAAGGGCUAAUUUUUUCCAGCCAAGUCUUCCUGGGUUUCUACUGCAGUUAGUGGAGAGAAAGAGGGGCUUCUCCAGGAGGUCAUUCAGUGCAGGUGUGUUAAUGGAGGAUAUCUGAAUUGCUCUCUGGAGUCACUCUUUCUCUCCUAUUCCUUCACUUCUCCCAGAAUUUUUAAGAACCAGCCAUGGUGAUUAAUUCCACUAAGCUAAAAUGAGUGUGUGGGAUAAGAUGGUGGUCUGUUCUUUACUAUGUGAUGGUUAAAACAAGGGAAAACAAACUUGGCGUUAUCUAGAGGAAAGAAAAUAGGAAGAAAAUAUACCGGAGAAAUUUUAAUAUGCAAGACAAGAAAAACAUUGUAGAGUAGGUAUCCAAGACUUUCCCUCUUCUUGUCAAACUCAGGCACUCUGGUUGAAGAUACUAAAUUUACACCUAAUGUGGGUUUAAACCUGUUGUCAUGCAGUUUCCUGAACUCAUUCCAUGUGUGGUCUAGCUAGAGAUGAAGACAAGCUCCCCAGAGGGAAAAUAUUAAUAUAUUUAAGCCAUAUUAUCAUCUCAAUAUUUGCCUUUCUAAUAUAGAACAAAAUAAAUAGAAAACAUUAUCUAUUUUUAAUAAUGAAAUUAUUUCUAUUAGCUUUUCCUUUUUAAGCCAGUGGGAAAUAUUAUAAAGGUAUUUUGCUUUGAUGGGACAGAUAAAAUAUAACCAUUGGUUCUUCUCUGUGUAUGGUAUGUUUUACUAUAAUAAAACAUUUUGCUAACCU